CACGCUCUUCUCAGCUUCAGGGCUCAAACUUCAUCUCAGCUCUCACACAGACUCAUUUUUGAGCCCUUUUAUCUCUCUUCCUCAUCUUUCUCUCACUGAAAAAAAUGUUGGGUAAGCACGGAAGCAAUUCAACAAUGGCUUCUUCUCCGCCAGACACAAGCAAAACCAUCAAGCUUGAACGCUAUAACAGCUAUCUCCGACGAGUUAACAGCACGAAGCUUCUCAAUGCUUCUUCCAAACUGCUUUUCCGAGCAACCCUUUUGGUCGCUUUGGUUCUAAUCUUCUUUUUCACAUUCAAUUACCCACCACUCUCAGAUAAUUCCGGUCAUCACCACCUCCAUACCCACCACAAUUUCCUCUCCUCCGCUUUUUAUGGCUCCGGCGCCGGCGGAGCAGCAUGGGAAAAACAAGUCCGGCAUUCAUCGACUCCUCGGAGACCCAACGGAAUGUCGAUUCUGGUAACCGGAGCCGCCGGGUUCGUCGGAGCUCAUUGUUCUUUGGCUUUGAAAAAGAGAGGAGAUGGAGUUCUGGGACUCGAUAAUUUCAACGACUACUACGACCCGUCGUUGAAGCGAGCGAGGCAAGCGCUUUUAGCAAAACACCAAAUUUUCAUCGUUGAUGGCGAUCUGAACGACGGGCCGUUGCUAUCGAAGCUAUUCGACGUCGUUCCGUUCACUCAUAUCCUCCACUUGGCCGCUCAAGCCGGCGUUCGAUACGCAAUGCAAAACCCCCAAUCUUAUGUGAGUUCCAACAUUGCCGGCUUCGUCAACCUCCUCGAGAUCGCCAAAGCCGCCAACCCUCAGCCCGCCAUUGUUUGGGCCUCGUCGAGCUCUGUCUACGGCCUCAACACCGAGAAUCCAUUCUCCGAGCUCCACAGAACCGAUCAGCCGGCGAGUCUCUACGCAGCCACGAAAAAAGCCGGCGAGGAGAUCGCUCACACUUACAACCACAUCUACGGACUCUCCCUCACCGGACUCAGAUUCUUCACCGUGUACGGACCUUGGGGGAGACCAGACAUGGCGUACUUCUUCUUCACCAAGGACAUCUUGCAGGGAAAGACCAUUGAUAUUUACCAGACGCAGGACGAUAAAGAGGUGGCGCGUGACUUCACGUACAUCGAUGACGUCGUGAAGGGAUGUCUCGGAGCUCUCGAUACGGCGGAGAAGAGCACCGGAAGUGGAGGCAAGAAGAGAGGUCCGGCUCAGCUGAGGGUUUACAACCUCGGGAACACAUCGCCGGUGCCGGUCGGGAAAUUGGUGGCGAUUCUCGAAGGGCUGUUGAACACGAAAGCGAAGAAGCACGUGAUCAAGAUGCCGCGAAACGGCGACGUUCCGUUCACGCAUGCGAAUGUGAGCUUGGCUUAUAGGGAUUUCGGGUACAAACCCACCACGGACUUGGCUACUGGACUGAGAAAGUUCGUUAAGUGGUAUGUUAGUUAUUAUGGUAUUCAAUCGAGGGUAAAAAAGGGAAAUAAUAUCCAGCCUGGUCAUCCCGAAGAUUCGGCUUGAUUAUCAUCAUCACCACAUGGGUUUUUUUUUUCUUUUUUCUUUUUCCUUUUUGUUUAUUUCCUAAAAUUUUUAAUUUUUGUUGAAAAUUCUGCUCUUUUUUUUUUUUUUUUUUGGGUGGUGGGGGUUUAAGUUAUUGUUGUGGUCCUCCAUGUAUUGGAUCAAAAAUUGUUAAUGUUCUUGUUGUAGCAUAUAGAUAUAUAAACUUGAUAUAGAAGAAGAAGAAGAUAAAGAAGAAGAAAUGGGAAAAAAAAAUGGCUUAGGAAGAAGUAAAGUGUAGAUCUGUAAACAGGGUGGAGGAAAGAAGGUGUAAUAACAUGGUGGGGUCUACUUAAAAAGAGGAAGUAGAUCUCAGCCAUUUGAUUUUAUAUGAAAAAGAAGAAAAUGAAAAAAAAAAAAAAAUUGUGAUUUGAUCAACAAAAA